UCUGGGUGGCGGUUGGGGGAGGUCCUGGUCACCGGCCGCCCCGCGCCAUGAGGCUUUUCUGCGGGUGGCAGGUGCUGCUGUGGGUGCUGGGGCUUCCUGCCCGCGGCCUGGAGGUUGCAGGGGAACGCGGCCGCGUUUGGCCCGAGGAGCGGCCGGCCCGAGUGGGGGCCGGGCACCCGGGUGUGGAGCCCCUCGGGGCGGGCCAGGCCGGAGCCUCGGAAGGCGAUGACCGUGGAGCACCCGGCGACGCUACGGGUACCUGCGGGGCCGGCGCCGAGGACUCGCGGUGCAGUGCCGAGGAGCGGCUCUUCUCGCUGGGCGCAGCUGGAGUUGCGCUACCCGACCGGGAGGAAGAGGAUGAGCCCGAGCCGCCUGAGCCCCAGCCCGCCGCCCCCGACGACUCCAACAACACCGACAGCCUCAAGUCCCCCAAGGUGAACUGCGAGGAGAGCAACACCACGGGGCCCGAGAACGCCACCCUGAGAAUCCUCAAUGCCUCCCAGGACCUUAUGGAUUUCUUGAACCCAAAUGGCAGCGACUGCACCCUGGUCCUGUUCUACACCCCCUGGUGCCGGUUCUCAGCUAGUCUGGCCCCUCAUUUUAAUUCAUUGCCCCGGGCAUUUCCAACCCUUCACUUUUUGGCACUGGAUGCAUCUCGGCACAGCAGCCUUUCUACCAGAUUUGGCACCGUAGCCGUCCCUAACAUUUUGUUAUUUCAAGGAGCUAAACCAAUGGCUAGAUUUAAUCAUACAGAUCGAACGCUGGAAACACUGAAAAUAUUCAUCUUUAAUCAGACAGGUAUAGAAGCCAAGAAAAAUGUGGUGGUAACUCAAGCAGACCAAAUAGGCCCUCUUCCCAGCACUUUGAUAAAAACUGUGGACUGGUUGCUUGUGUUUUCCCUCUUCUUUUUAAUUAGCUUUAUUAUGUAUGCUACCAUCCGAACUGAGAGCAUUCGAUGGCUGAUUCCAGGACAAGAGCAGGAACAUGUGGAGUAGCAAUGGGCCUACUGGAGAAAUUGAAGUGAUGAGGAAUUUCCGUCCUUUGUCUCAGAAACUACUGCUAUGGUUUCUCCUGUGAACUGCUGACUUACAACUUGAGUCACAUUAAAAGAAUCAUGUAUUUGCUGACUACUACUGAAUGGGUAAAAGAAUAUUGAAACUGGUGUUUUAACUAGUAUUGCAAUAAGAAAUAUAAAGAUAUUGAUUAGAA